UUUAUGAAAUAUUAUCGGAAUAUGCGACACACAACGACACACAUCGAGAUAACAUCUAUAUAAAAAUGCAUAAAAGCCCAUUAUAUAAUGUAUAUGUGCGUGUAUCGCAGAUGAAAACAGAGAUAAACUGUAACCGAGUAUCUCCAACAAAUGAUAUAGAAUUUCACGCACUUAUCACCCAUUUUCUAGCGAGCCCGAUCAGUGAGCGCGAUUUAUCAAAGAUGGUACGGCGUUUUCAUCUGCAGGGAUACGAAAGUUUUCUCAAAUAUGUAGACGAUCUGGGAACCGCGGAACAGGUGUACAUACUUUACACCGGCACGAAGCUACCCGACACCGGCAAAAGCUGGUGUCCGGAUUGCGUGGAAGCUGAUCCAUUCAUUGAACAAGGUUUUGAAACAGCACCUGAAGGAACACAGUUAGUAAUAGUGGAAGUUGGAGACAGAUCAUUUUGGAAGGAUCGUGAAUGUCCAUUCAGGACAAAUCCUAUUACCAGAUUGAAAGUCUUGCCAACUCUAAUUAAAUGGAAUACUGAAAAACGUUUAGAAGGUGAUCAAUUACUAAAACCUGAACUUAUUGAUAUGUUAAUCACAGAAGACGAUUAAAUGUUUGAAUAAUACAUUUUUUGUAUUUUAUAUAAAAAGUAUAUUGUAUAUAUCAUGUGAAUUAUAAAUAUUCUAUACAAACACUA